AUGGAUCAGCUGAAUCAUGAGAAGCUGCUACAUUUGCAUGAAGCAUUUGAUUUGGGCAAUGAGAUGUGUCUGAUUGAAGAAUUUGUGUCUGGAGGAGAAUUAUUUGAUAAAAUUAUGGAGGAUGAUUCGCUUAUGAGCGAGCAGGAGGUUCGAGAUUACAUGCACCAAAUUCUUCUCGGCGUUCAGCACAUGCAUAAAAACCAAAUAGUUCAUUUGGAUUUGAAGCCGGAAAACAUUCUAUUGAAGUCCAAAAACUCGACUGACGUGAAGAUAAUUGACUUUGGACUAGCAAGAAAACUGGACCCGAAGAAAUCUGUCAAACUUCUGUUUGGAACACCGGAGUUCUGUGCUCCUGAAGUUGUCAACUACCAAGCAGUCGGCCUUAGUACGGAUAUGUGGACAAUAGGAGUGAUUACUUAUGUUUUACUCUCCGGCUUGUCACCAUUUCUUGGCGAUUCGGACGAUGAGACGUUGGCUAAUGUUUCCGCUGGCGACUGGGAUUUCGACGAUCCAUCGUGGGAUGAUGUCUCUGACAUCGCUAAGGAAAUUUAUGACGUUCAGGAUUUUAUCUGUCGCCUAAUGGCUAAAGACAAACGUCGUCGUAUGACUGUGCAGGAAGCCCUUCAUCAUCCAUGGAUUACGGGUCCUCUUCUUUCUGCAUUUAACGACUUAUCCGAAUACGUCAAAAAAACACAGCCUGCUGAAGGAACUGGACCAUUGCCAACUAGGCAAAAGAAGAAUUUCAUGUCGCGCCAGAGAUGGUCAGACGACCUACUUCCAAUCGGACGUCUGGCGAACCGAGGGGCCAUAUUCAGGCGGCUCACCAUGGAUGGAGUGUUCGAGAGGAAUAUUUGUUUCGAGACGGAAUGCGCUCCAUCGGUGAAGAAGCAACUGGAGGACAUUGUUGCUAAUGUUGGAGACCUGAUUGCCACCCUAUCCUGCGACCUUGAGGGAAAUCCUGAACCUCAGAUAGCAUGGUUCAAGGACGACAAAGAGUUGUUGACUCCAUCGACUAAAUAUGAAGCGCGGUACUCUGAAGGUCUCAGUGAGCUGACCAUCAAGAACAUCGAGGAAUCAGACGCUGGACAAUACUGUUGUCGCGCAACGAAUGAGCUCGGCUCCAUCGCUACCAGAGCCACUUUGACUGUAGCAGGACGGCAGGUUGACACUCCAUCGAUGAACCUUCGUAAAGGAAACAGCAUUAAGAUCACACACGAAGGAGUUGAAAUCGACGGCUCACCUCCUGCAUUUCACCAUCGACUGACUGAUUGCUCAGUGAAAGUCGGAAAGCAAAAGAUUCUAUGUGUGACGAACACAACGCUUCCCGAGCCGUCUGUUGAAUGGUACCACAAUGGGGAUCGUAUCUUUGAGAACGAUCCUGAUUAUCUACUCAAGCAUGACAAAGGCCGAUACGAGCUCACUAUUCUCACUGUCUGCUUGGAUGACCAAGGAGAGUGGAGGGCUGUUGGAAAGAACCCCUAUGGACAGUGUGAAAGCUCAUGCUCUUUGACGGUACUGGUUCCGGACGGUUACGUGGCUCCAACUUUCGACUAUCCUCUCGAAGACAUUCGGUACCAUGACGGCGACGAAAUCCAUUACAGUGACCAUUAUCGACCUCAGUACGAUGACGAGAAGCGGAAUUGUUAUCUAUCAAUCAUGAAUGUUCAGCGGACAGAUAAGGGAGAUUACAAAUGUGUUGCACGAAACGUUGUCGGUAAAGCUCAAUGUGUAUGUUCUGUGCGGGUGGAAGGAAAAGGAUUCCAGAGGGCGAGGAAAGUUGACCACACGAAAGCGCCACGGUUCCGAAUGCCUCUAGCCAAUCCUCGGGAAAUACCGAAAGGUGCUGAGAUGGUUCUCACGUACAAAGAUGGCCUCAAAUUGAUGCUAGAAAACCGAAUGUUCGUCUAUACUGACCGAAGAGGUAUCACUCGACUGAAUAUCAUGAAAUCCGUACUCCAAGAUUCUGGAGAAUACUCGUGUGAAGCCAGUAAUGUGAAUGGCAAAGAUUUCACUCAUUGUCAUGUCGAAGUUAUUGGAACCUCUCUAGGUUUGAGCUUUGGGCGAUCAACUCCAACCCUCUCACGAUGUACCAGUCCCUGCCCUCCAUCGCCGUCAUAUAAAUCGCUCGAAUUUCGUGCUCCGCUGAUCACUCGCCCUCUCGAAGACGCCGUCGUAACCAUAGGUAAUCGUGAGCGUCUGGAGCUCGAGGUAGACAGCCCUCUCCCCGCUACGGUUGAGUGGUACCACGAUGGCAAUCUUGUGGCUGAAAGUCGAACUUUGAGAACAUACUUUGAUGGACGAGUCGCUUUUUUGAAGAUUUAUAAUGCACGACCUGAACACCAAGGGAAAUAUGUUUGCAAGGUAUCUAACAAAGUUGGAGCUCUAGAAUCCAGUGCGUUCCUUACGGUUGAAGAGGAGGCAUCUGUACAUUUACCGAAUAUGCCUGUGUUUACCAAAAAACUUCGAGAUAUCAUCGUUAAGCAGUCAGGGGACUCCGCCUGCUUCAGUUGUCAGGUGCAAGGAGACCCUCCCCCCGUAUUAUGCUGGCUUCACAACGGCAGAGCGAUCCAUACCGAUUCAUCCUAUCGUCGUCGAUCACUUGAUAACGGAGAGGCGUGUUUGGACAUCCCUUCGGUAUCCCAGCGACUCUGUGGCACCUACACGGCCGUGGCCACGAACCCAUUCGGUGACGCGCAUUCCUCUGCCGUUCUUCGAAUUGACCGACCAGAUGAAAAGGUACUUUGCUAA